AUGGCUGAGGGCGACCAGCAACCGGUUUCGACGCGGGUCCCGCGAGGCAAUGCAGUGCCUGAUAGUGCAGGCUCUCUGCUUUCAACUUCGUAUUAUGGUGGCGUUGGGAUGUAUGCGGCGGCAGCAGCUGGUGCGCAGCGCGUUCGACGCAUCGCAGUGUUGGGAGCGCGCGGUGUUGGCAAGUCAGCACUGACGAUUCGUUUUUGCGAGGGCACUUUCCCUGAAUCGUACCUGCCGACGAUUGAAGACACGUACCAGACUACCUUGCGAGGACGAGACGGUACGGUUUACGCUCUGGAAAUUGUUGAUACAGCAGGUCAGGAUGAGUACUCCUCGUUGGGGGCGCAAGCGACAAUCGGCAUCGACGGCUACGUACUGCUGUACUCUGUGCGGGAUGCCAGCUCAUUUGAAAUGGUCCGCUACAUAUUCCAGCGUCUGGUAGCAAUACUCGGAAGCGAUCAGAUCCCAAUGAUCCUCGUUGGGAACCAGAUUGAUCAAGCGCUUGAUCGGGAAGUAUCCUUCGAGGAAGGGGCCCACAUUGCAGAGACAAUUGGUGCAGCGUUCUGUGAAUGUAGUGCGCGAACCGGGACGAAUGUUGCGGAAGUAUUCCGGAUUCUGCUCGAUGAAAUAGAGCGAUCCGCAUCUGACGAUGGCUUCGGACCAAUUGACGAAGAGGAUCAGGAAGCAGAUGACCAGUAUCUGGAAGAGCGCGACCCAAAAACGUGGCGAGCACCGGUCCGAGAUGCGAAAACAGCCCGGAAUCGCGGACAGCUCACACCGCAGGAUCCUCCGACCAUUGAAUCAUCGCAGGGAGAGAGUAAGCCAGGCGAACAGUCGCGUUCGGCGGUGACGACGUCGUCGUCGUCGACAGCAAGGAGAACAAGGGAGGCGGUUAGCGCGGAGGGCUCAGCCACGCUCUGUGCGGGCGGGUUUCGUUCCGGAGCGGACGGCUCCGGCAGCAUGCUGUUAUCGCGCUGCGGUUUGCAGUGA